UUCAUACACAUGAAGGUCCUUAUCGGCCUAACGAGACUAACGAGACUAACGAGACUACCGGGACUAACGAGACUACCGGGACUAACGAGACUAACGGGACUACCGGGACUAACGAGACUACCGGGACUACCGGGACUACCGGGGGAAUCUAACCGGGCACCGGAUGGACUCUGUCACCGUCUGAGCCGCUCUCAGCAUGCUGGAGAAGAGAGCCGAGCUGCGUGAGGAGGAGGAGAGAAAGCACGGAAAGGAACCGUUCUGCAGUCAGUAUCACUGUGGUUCUCUGCUUGGCAGUGGAGGUUUCGGUUCCGUGUUUUCAGGCCAGAGGCUCUCUGAUGGACUGCAGGUUGCCGUCAAACAGAUUUCCAGAGACAGAGUUCAGCAGUGGGCCAGACUGCCCGGUGAGGUCAGUCCCGUUCCCAUGGAGAUCGCUCUGCUGCAGCGGCUGUCGGAGGUCGGAGGUCACGGGGGGGUGGUCCAUAUGCUGGACUGGUUCGAGGUGGAGGGGCGGGGCUUCCUGCUGGUUCUAGAGCGCCCGCCGCUGUGCCAGGAUCUGUUUGACUUCAUCACCGAGAGAGGAGCGCUGACGGAACGCCUCGCACUCAGGUUCUUCCGUCAGGUGGUGGAGGCUCUGCGGUUCCUUCACGCUCACGGCGUCGUGCACAGAGACAUCAAGGACGAGAACAUCGUGGUGGACACGAGGACGCUGGAGGUGAAGGUCAUCGACUUUGGAUCCGGAGCUCCUCUUAAAGAGACGGCGUACAGCGAGUUUGAAGGCACUCGGGUCUACAGCCCCCCCGAGUGGAUCCUGUCUCAGUCCUACGAGGCGGUCUCUCUCACCGUCUGGUCUCUGGGCGUUCUGCUCUUCGACAUGGUGUGCGGCGACAUCCCGUUUGAGCGCGACCAGGAGAUCGUCAGGGCGACGCCCAUCUUCACCAGACGGGUCUCUAAAGAAUGCCAGUCUCUGAUUCGCUGGUGCCUGUCGUACCGUCCCGAGGAGAGACCGACUCUGGAGGAGAUCCUGUCUCACCCCUGGAUGGAGGGAGGACAGGGGGGGAGGUGGAAGGAGGAGACCUGCAGGAGGAUGCCAGCUCUCUGCCCAACCAGUCCCUGUAACCACGGGAACUACCCUGAACAUACAAUAAACGUGACCCUGAACAUACAAUAAACGUGACCCUGAACAUACAGGGCUCUGGACCGAUACGUGACCCUGAACAUACAGGGCUCUGGUCUCAGACAGACUCUUCCUCUGUCAGCCAGCAGGGCGGCGACAGGAACUAGAAGCUCACACUGGAUUUUAAAGGAGCGGCUCAGCGUGGUCUUCUUGUUCUCACCUUUUAAGCUACGAUUCACAAACACUGGAGCCGCGUUCAGGGAACCACAGGUGGAGGUUAUUCUCUGUGGUUCUCAGUAAUCAAAGGGUUAACGAGGUGAAACUCUGCUGUGAUCAGAGAAAAGUAUUUAUUUAAAUGUUUCUUUUAUUUUCUGCCGUCCUUUUUUUAAUUUAUCUUUAUCUGCGGAUGCAGCAGGUUUUGGCGGCCAUGUUUAAUUUGGUCAUAAUGACUUCUGUUGGUUAUUUAUUGACCUGAGAAUUUAUUUGUUUUUUUUCAUGUAGUUACAUCAGAGAACAAACCUUUAUUUUACUCUUUAUUUACGGCUCCAUUCCGGUCCUCUUAUUGGUUCUCUACAAACGUUCCCAUUCCGGUCCUCUUAUUGGUUCUCUACAAACGUUCCAAGUGUUUUUGUGGAACAGAAGCUGCAGAUGUUCUUCAGCUCUGAGGUCAGAUUAAUUUAAAAACGUUCCUUAAACAUCAGACAACAGGAAGUCUUUAUUAACGUGAGAACAGAUAUUUAUUGUUCCUGUGUGACUUCAGACGUGAAUGUGGUUCCUUGUGACGCGUUGAUGUGUGGGUGUGAUGCCACAGUGACGUCACAGUGAUGUCACAGUGAUGUCACUGUAAAUACUUGUGUAUUAUUGGCUGGUUUCAUGAUCAAAGUGGCUCGUUGGUCACUUGUUUCUGUUUAUUUACAUUAAAUAAGCAUUUAUGGAUCAAAGAAAAAAGAUCCAACGUUUGAAUAAAACCGUUUUUUCACUUCUU